AUGACAGGAGGAACCCUUGAAGUACUUCUUGUAGAUGCUGAAGGCAUUAGGCACACAAAUCUUCUUGGUAGAGCAUCCUACUACGUGAUCAUAGAGUGUGGCACUCGAGAAUAUAGAAGCAAAGAAUCAUCAAGUGAAGAUGACAUAAUUAGCUGGAAUGAAAAAUUCACGUUUGAAUUUCCAUUGUCACAUUGGAAAAACUUAACUCAUCUCAAAUUCAGAAUUAUGGACACCGAGUUGUUCACAGAUGCUGGAUUUGUUGGUGAAACCAUAGUUCAUCUUGGUGGAAUAAUUACUGAGGGGAAGGACAAAGGAUUCAUUGAAUUAAAACCAGCUCCGUACAAUGUGGUGCUUGAAGAUGACACCUAUAAAGGAGAGAUAAAGAUUGGGUUUCGAUUUAUCACAAAUGUAAGUAUGUUUAUAGGGUCAUGUCCUCUUACUAAAAUACCUAGCAUAUUAUGUUGUCCGUGAAUUGAUAGAAUCUCAUAUUCAUUCUGGAUUUUACAAUCAACAAUUUUGAUUCACAAUUUAACAACAUAACAUGUUAAACUGUCUAAAAAG